AUGGAGGGGUUCCCGCGUCGCGAGCAUCCUUCAGCUCCGCCCGACCAGCUCGGGGCUGCAAGAAAGGGGGUGCAGGGUACAGGAACGGCUGGAGCUGCACGGGAGGACUAUCUGUGGAAACGAUAUGACGAUUCCAGCUCCCGAAAUCGCUUCUCUGUUGGCGGUGAUGGGCGCUUUCUGGGGUCUCUGCGCAAUAUCGGCUCUCUGCGCUCUCCGGCCACAGCUCGACUCUGCGCCGCCCCGGGGAUGCAGUGGGGGAGGAUCCGCGCUUCUUCGGACGCCGGAGCCGGAGCGGGGCUUUCCCUCCGGCCAGACAGCGCCGUAGGGGACGCCGCGAAAAGAGCCGCAGCGCCCGCCUCCUCCGGCCCGCUGAGUGGAGAGCUCCGCCGGCUCGAGUCGGCCUUGCCUGGCUUUAAAACGCCAAGGAAGCUUCCUGGUUUCGGCACAGUCGCAAAGGCCAAAUCGGUCAAAGGAGUAGGACAAGGGGAAAGGGCCAGGUCAGAAACUUUACAAGGACUCGGGAAAUUAAUGUAUUUGGAAGCCAGCGAGGUGGUCUGUGCUAAGGUAGUAGUUCCGCACCAGGGUCUUGGAGCCAGAGAAAGAAAAAUCCGGGCUAAGAAAGCAAUCCUCCAUGGAUGGCUUUGUUCUGCGUUGGCCUGCACCGGCUGCAACAAAGGAGAGGAGCUAAAAGAGGAUGCGCCAAAGUGGCCGCGCCCUCGGCGCCUGGAGCUGUCCGCGGUGCUGACCACGGCCCUCUCAUUCUCUCUCUAAUUAAACCAGAAAAGCAAUAGGACCACCCACCCCCACCUAAAAGAAUAAUGGAAUAUUAGGUAAUUUGAGAAAUAUAAACUAAAAGGAGGGAAAGGCAGCAUACAGCGAAACCUAACAUUUUUGCCGAAAUAAUCCACUCUUUAGCUGUUGCCUCACUUGGCUGAUACUUUUCGGUCCUCACGUAGGAAGGAAGGCACGUAGUUACUGUAUGUAUAUUGGGAAAUUAUUUCACUUUAUUUGGGCAGAAAACAGGAUCUAAGCAUUGGGAAGGCAUUGCAAGGAGAAUGGGAAGAAUGAAGGAUCUACAUGUUUCUUCCCACAAUCAUCUUCCUUAAAACAUGGAGACAUAAGGUGCUCAGCUCCGGACCUUAACAGUGCUGGUGUGGUCACCAAAGGGCCCGAGACGGACUCAAAUGUGGGCCACGAGACUUACAGGAAGGGGGUGGGACGGGGCCCACUAGGUGAGAAAGGGCAGGAGCCCACCCAGCCUGCCCUCUCCCCCCGGGCUCACAGCAUGGUAGCCUCUUAACGCGGAUCAGAGAGCUGCGCUGUGCGGAAGGCUCAGGGGCGCGGGAGCCUGCUCCGCGCAUCCCCGCCGGCGGGAGGCACUGCAGGGCCAGGCCGUCUGAAACCCGCACUGCGGAAAAACUACCGCCGCAGCAUCCUCCUCAAGGUUUCGGCAACCGGAAAAAGACUGAUUGGUUUACUAAAUCCCAGGCAAAUAAAGAUUUGCUUUGGGAGUCGAGGAUAGGUCAGUACUGAUAUAGCCAUAGAAUCUUUGAAUCUCGCAACAUUGUUUCAUCAACCUAACUUAGAUACUGAAAGCGUUGGAAUAAUAAAUAAUAAAAUUUAAAAUGCCCUAACUAAAUCAUGAAUCAAAGUGACAAAGGAGAGAAAGAAAUGGGAAGUCAACCAAAUUCUUACUAGCCAGAGCUCUCAAGCAAAAAUUGCUACGCUGUUUGCCUGCGUAUGACUAUAAAUCCAUAAACACAAACGCUGUUAGAAUUAAGAACAGAUAAAAUAACCCACAUUGGGCAAUAGUUGCAAAACCAUCGAUUUUGAUCCAGAUGCAGAAAUGGAUCAUACACUGACAAUGAUCUGAAAGAGAAUUUUCAUCAAAUUCGUUCUUUUACACCUGCAUGUUGGAGAUAUAUCAAAUGACCCAGGAAAUAAAUCGACAAGGCGCAAUAUCCUCGACUGGAGGAGACCUCGCCCUCUCUCCCAGGGUGGAUUUUAUUUGACCUCGGACUUUAGAAUUCUGGGAGUUAGGUCUUCCACAUCUGGUUAUUAAUUAUGUUUACUUUUAAUUUUAAACAAUUUAGAAGGGGCUUAGGUAAAGCACAUUGGAAAGAAAGGGCUAUUCCAUAACAAAAGAAAGGGUUGAGCAAUAUUGCUCUUGCACCGAUUAAAGAAGUCAUGGAAACUGAAAUGGGUUAAAAGCAUUACACUUUAUCAUGGAGGCCUUGAUUUCAUUCCAGUUUUCAUCUCCUGCGGCCACACACCCUCACUCAUUUCACAAAGCAUCAAGGGCCCAUAGCUGCAAAACAGUCCUGCUUGAGUUGGUUAUAAUUCAUAUUAUGUAACAGAGACACACCUAAUCCCCUUCACCCUAAUCCUAUCUGUUUAGGACAGUCUGAACUCAUCCUUCAGAAAGCUUAAUCAGUUUAAAAAUUACUUUCUAAAUAGAAAUGGAACGUGUGAUAUGAAAGAGAGAAGGUAAAAUAAGGGAACACACAAGUUAGUAUUGUGGUUACCCUGAUUAAAUCGAGUGGUGAUCCAUUGGUAAUGUUUCUAGAUCUUUUAAGACUAUUUGUUUUCUAUUUCUUUGGAACAUAAUCAUCUGGUUUAAUGCCCCCCAGGCCAAUUUUCCUGCUAUGAAAUUUUACACUCAGCAGUUGGAGAAUUCCAGUGCGGGGUGCCGUGGGGGCCCUUUGACAAUCACAACUUUCAUUUAGUGGUCUGGAGUUAAAAGUUUCUCGGAAUAAUUUAGGAACAGCUUGACCCAUUGAGCUACUCAACGACAGCCCUCCUGGGAAACAGUGUGCUCUUUUCCUGGGAAGAAGAUGCUAGCUCACAGCCCCAGGGGUUACUCGGCGUCAGCAAUGCCAGAGCGCCCUCUUCUGUCCCAAGGAGGCAGGACACCAGUUAUAAAAGCCAGAUGGCCGAGUCACAAUAAGCUGAGGAAAACGCUAAACUCUUAGAAUCAUUUAAUCCGAGCAAUUUAAAAGCUCACAUCACAUUGUACUUUUUAAAUGGCCACAGGAUAUGUUUUGCUACUCCUUGGAUGAUUUACUUCUAUUCUGAAGGAUAGUGAAAAAUCAAUGCCUUGAAGUUUUCAGUCUGUCAAGUUAUUUCUGUAGUCAAGUUACAUUUCUACACCCCUACUCUCUCGAUUUUCAUAUGGAAAUACAAAAUAACAAAUCAGAGAGAAAAACCUUUGUGUUGAACUGGUGAGUAGAGAAUAUUUUUCCUAAUUUCUAACAUCUAAUAAAGGAGAAAUUUCUUAAUUAAAAUAAACAGGAGGCACAGUUAUGGAAUUCUUUUGUUUUGUUUUGAUUAACUCAGAUUUUUCUCAGACUUUAAGUGCUGGGAAUAAUAAAGUGAGUUAUGUCUGCAGAAGAAGUUGAAAAAUUUGCUUCACACUAACACAUACCCUAUUUUCAUUCUUGAAACCUUUCUAAUGAAUGUGUACCCAUACUCAGCUGACAAAGACUUCUUUAGAAAAGAAUGCACUCUCAGUAGAAGUGACCAGUUAUGUUAGCAGCAGGGACCAAAUCAUAAGAAGUGUUAUUUGCAUUACAAAUUAAUUUUUCAGCAUGGAACUAUCCUCAAAUGAAAUGGAGGAGAUUUUUUUUUAAGUUAAACACUAUUAUUUUUAUGUUUUACAGGGUUUAUGUUGAUUAAAAUAAAUGCAGAGCUCUAUUAAUGCAGGACUGUAAAUCUCAAAAUUACAGCCGAUAUCUAAGUACACAUACACAUCUUUGACAUGAAAAUGUAGAGUGUACAUUAGUGCUGAUAUAAUAAAAUGCUUCUAUUAAUUAAAUGGUUCUCAAAUAAAUCUUAAAAAACAAA